UGUACCAGGAUGAGAACAGCCAGUCUUCCAUGGAAACUGAUUCUUCCAGUGCAUCUGUAGCAUGUAACAGUUCUCUCGCAACUGAAGCAUCUGCAUCGAGUGUAGAUGUUACUUGUAACACUUCUCAGGAAAAUGUCUCUGCAGCAAGCCUGCCUUCGUUGGAACACAGCUAUGCCAAGACCCCCAUGGAUUGCACUGUAAUUGAGGAUCCAGUUGCGCCUAUUCCAAGUGCAGUUCCUAUUGAGGUUCUACUGGAAGUGCGAGGACGUUUAUUGGCAAUUCUUCCAAAAUACUGUGUUCCCAUAGUCACCGAUCAAAGUCAGGUGUCCGUAGUGCUCAUAUCAAGGCAAGCACAACUCAGUGUUCAAAGAAGUCUUCAGUUUCAUGUAAAUGGUGAUGUGACUUUAAAUGUGCACUGCAAGACAAUACCCAGUGAAGCGUACACUGUUAAAAAUAAUCAAUUUCUAACAGUGUACGUGAAAAAUGUUCAGCCUCCAAUCCCUCUUGAAGAUCUUGAUGGUGUUGGGUACUUUGCGGACCGAGCUUUGGCCAUUGUAAAUGCUGUGCGUUUAAUGGAAGUAUGUGCCGGGGUUGACAAUGAUGACUAUUCCCCUGCAUGGGAAAGUUCUUCUCACAUUGGCGUCAUAGAUGGAAACCCUUAUAAAGAAUCGACAUGUGUCACUCUUUGA